GGAGGAGGAGGAGGUGGUGGAGGUUUGUAUCUGGACGCCUAUGAGGUCUCUUUCCCUCUGGAGGAGAGCAUCGAGAGGCCACCUGCGUAUCACCUGAACCAGGGUCAGCCGAUGAUGGACGAGCCGGUGGCGCAGGAGCCUCCUCACUCUCAGUACAGCCCGUUCAUCCUGGUCUCUAACCUGCGAGCUCACCUCUACGUCACUCUGGAGAAGAACGCCUGGCUGCAGAAACGCAUCGAGGAGCUGGAGGACGAACGCAACUUCCUCCGCUGUCAGCUGGACCGAUUCAUCGUCAGCAUGAGGGGUCCGGAGGUGACAGAGUGGUGUGGAGACCCCCAGCGAGGGGUGAAGGUCCAGCCUGCCAGCUCUCCCUCCCCUCCCUCCCCCAUGACCACCCGGUCUGGGAUGACCCUCAAACGCCUCCAGGGACCAGGAUCUCGGCCCCGUCGCAGCGCAGCCAUCCCUGUGAAGCAGGAGUUUCAUCUGGAGGAGGAUAAUUACUACACGGAGGACGAGUACGUGGAGGAAGAGGAGGAGGAGGAGGAAGAGGAGGAGGAAGAGGAGGAGGAGAAGGAGAAGGGGUCGAAGAAGAAGGGCCGAGGUCGAGCCAACGGAGAGCCGAGGAUGAAGAUGAGGAGGAUCUUCAGGAUCACCCACGGGAGGGAGAGACAGAGAGUUAAAGACCCUGAGGGGGUCAUGAUCCGUUAUAAGAAGAUCCUGACGACCUACCAGCGGGUGAGGAGCAUGUCCCGAGCCUUCCAGAUCCACGGAGUCGACAGAAACACCAUGGCCUCCACCUCCCCCAUCGCAGAGCUGCUGCUGAUGGCUCCAGAGAAGGUGGCGGAGGUCGGGGAGUUCGAGGCGUCGAAGGAGAAGCUUCUGGAUUACGCCCGGCGCUGCUACAAGACCAUGGACGACCAGACGCACGCCAAAGUCCAGACCAUGAAGAAGAAUAACAAGCUGCUGCCGAUCUCCUACAGGUUCAGAAACUGACCAGCGAGAGAAAAAAGGAUGGAGGAGACGGGAGGUUUAUCUUUAUUUUGAACUGUUUCCACUUUUAUUUCUCAUUCUCUUACAAUA